AUGGCCGCCGCCACACACGUUAUUCCAUUCCUCAACCUCAUCUGUGUCUGUGUGCAGAAUUCACAACAGGGGCAUCAAUCUGGGGAGAGUGGUCCGAAAUUAUGGAGCAGCGUUGUGGGGCAUGUGGAAGGGGAGCAGGGACCGGACGAGGGGAACUGGCGGGAGGGAGGAGGUCGUGGCGUGACCACGCAGCAGCAGCAGUCAUUGGUGCAGUCACAUAGCGGUGUUGGUCUCAAUCCAAACAGGAACGGACCACAGACACCAGCAGACAGCCAGAAAAUGGAUGGUGAGGCGUUCAGUAGACCAGCUAUUGUCAGGGACGAGGAUUUAAAAGAGUUGGACCACAUAAUGGAAAAUGACCAAAAUGGAUUCAGUUGGGCAGCAGUGCAGAGUGAAGUUGACUAUAGUAAGGAGUUAAAGUUCAGUGAUGAUGAAGAUAUUGCAAGCAACAGAUUGAAUAGGGAUGAAAGCAGGAAAGAUACGUCAGACAGUACAAGGUCAGCAGAAUCGAGAAGUCAUGACAAGGAGCAUCAGCGGGAUGAUAGAGAGUACAGGCAGCGGUGGCAGCAGCAGGGAUUGCCGUUUGAUCAUCGUGGUGGGCCACCCAUGCCACCGUACCCGGGCGGUCCUUCAGGACCCCCUCGGCUAGGUCCUAUGGCACCUGGCCCUUACCCUUCCCAGCCUGGACGUGCACUGCCACCAAAGCAGCCCGAUGUGGAUGAUGGAGAGAUGUGGCGACAGAAAAGGAGGCUGCAGAGCAGCGAGAUGACUGCGGCAGUCGAGAGGGCGCGCCAGAGAAGGGAGGAGGAGGAGAAGCGUUUCGAGGAGGAACGCAAGGCCGCUCUCGGCGAGAAGCUGGGAAGCAAGCGAGAAAAUAAACGCAGCAAAGAUUCAAAGGACAUUAAUAGAAGCCAUAAAAAGAAGCCAAAAGAUGAGAACUUGGUGAUACUGAGCCUGACAUCUCGUGAGCACCGUGUUCUGAAGCAGAGACUGCUGGAACCAUACCUAUCAGGCACAUCGACAAGGGAGUUUGAGUACAAAUGGAUCACCACGUGUGGGCUGCUCUCAGACAGGUCUCAAGAUCAUGUUUUAGGAGACCAGGAAAAAGUGUGUGCAAGGGCUUUAUGUUUUGUGCUGCAAAGGAUGCUAGAUUUUCUGGGGGAUGUUCCAUUUUUAGAUCGUGAUCUUAUUGAGAGGCUGGAUCCAAUAAUAAACAGUGAGAGGGAAAAAUGCCCAGUGUCUCUGCAGAGAUUGAUGGGAAAAUAUCAUUGGUACAUGUUUGAAGAAAUUGGGCAACAGACUAGGUUGUUAUUCCCGGAGCUAAACCACAUUCAGGCUGUGACUGCCGUGAUGGUUACUGCUGUAUCACUCUGCAGCUACAUUCUAGAAUCUCGUGUGAAUCCAAACGUCAUUUCAGAAUAUAUGAAAGCAGAUGAGGAGCGUACACAGGACAGCAGAGGAUUCAAAGACUUGGGGAACCAGGCAUUUUUAAAGAAAGAUUAUUCAAAGGCACUACAUUGCUAUACAGUAGCCAUCGAGAAAAAUCCAUUCAAUCACAUCGUUUACGAAAUUCGGGCACAGGUGUACAUUAAAAUGAAGAAGUACUCGAGUGCGAGAUCAGACUGCUUCCGUGCAAUGCUUCUGGACGAAACCUGGUUAAAGGCAUAUUACAGGGAUGCGGAUGCACUAGAGAAGAUGGGGCGGCUGGAGUAUGCCUGUGCCACACUACAUGCUGCCAUUAAAAACUGCUCUCUCGUUUACCCCAUGGCUGAAUUUAAGAAUAUAAAUCAGAAACUGGCUAAAGUCCAGCAAGCUUUAUUAGACAAAGAGGGUAAUGAAGUGCAAACGAAGCUGCAGCAAGAGCAGAAGGUGCCACCUAAGGAGCAAGAACAGCAGCAGCAGCAGCAGCAGAAACAGCAGCAGCCGCAGCAGAAACAAUAA